CAUCAAACUUGGAUAGAAUAUAACCCUUAACAAAAACCCUCAAAAGAAAAAAAAAAAUGCACAUAAAAGAGCCAAAAGUCCAUUAGCAGGUUGUGAAGUGUGAUGAGUGAAGAAGAGUGAUGGCGUCUAAUUCUAAUUGCGAAGAAGUGGCUUCAAUGGCCACACAAAUCUGCACCCAAAUAGCUUCCAUAUUCUCAAAGCCCACCCAUCCAUACCCGCCCCCACUGAACCUAUUAGUCACCGAACUCGCUACCGUUGCCUCUCAAAACGGCCGCGUUUUCCUUUACGGCGUGGGCCGAGAAGGCCUCAUGCUCAAGGCCCUCUGCAUGCGCCUCGCUCACCUGGGCCUAUCGGCCCACCUCGUCUUCGACAUGACCACUCCCCCCAUCGCCGCUGGCGACCUCCUCGUUGCCUCUGCCGGUCCCGGCGGCUUCUCCACCGUCGACGCCAUAUGCGCGGUGGCGCGUUCCCACGGCGGAAGGGUGGUGCUCCUGACGGCCCAGCCCGAUAAGGGGUCUUGCAUGAAGCACGCUAGCGCGGUGGCCUACGUGGCGGCGCAGACCAUGGCGGAUGAUGCGGACGCAGGUGAUGAGAAAUCUCGGCCGUUGCUUCCGAUGGGAAGUUUGUACGAAGGGGCACUGUUUGUUCUGUUUGAGAUGGUUGUUCACAAGUUGGGUGAGGCCCUGGGUGAGAGCCCUGAAGCCGUUCGAUCUCGCCACACAAAUCUCGAAUGAAAUGGUAUCAGCCGUUCAUCUUGUUUUUUGUUGUGUGAUGGGAUCACCAUGUAUUAUUGUUGUUGGAAAAUUAUGCUAUUUACACAAAUUCUGUAGUUGAAAAUAUGUACGGGGAUGUAAGUUAUGUAACUGUUUAAACCUUUCUAAAUUUCAUGUGGAGUAUGAUUCUGCUUAGUGUUUGGCUAAUAUUGUUAAGGAGAAAUUCACCAAAAAAACAUAA